AUGUCUUUAGUUGAAAGUCAGAAGGACAUGGCUGACCUCUUACCGUGUAACGAGGAGUGUGGAGGCGAUUACGGAAGAUACUCGUUUGGUCAAACAGACACUGAAGUGAUCGUUAAGGUUCCACUGCCGUCUGACACACCCACAAAGAUGAUUAAUGUGGACGUAAAAGUUUCCUCGUUAACAAUAGGCAUGAAGGGUCAAUCACCCUUGAUUUCUGGUGACCUGUACAAACCAGUGAAAGUAGACGAAUGUACGUGGUGUGUGGAGGAUAAAAGUGUGCUUGUGGUGACUUUGGUGAAAACGAACGCCCAGUACGAAGAGUGGUGGCCAUGUGUCACAACUAAUGAGAGACAAAUAGACAUGAAGACUUUCAGGCCACCGAGCAAACAUAUCUCCGAACUCGACGACAGCGCACGGGCCACGAUCGCGAAAAUGAUGUUUGAUCAGCGACAAAAAGCGUUAAAUUUACCUUCUAGCGACGAGUUGCGCCUCCGGGAAUUGAUGCAGCGUGGUGGUACCUCUAACUAA